UCCAUAAUUGAUCGCAGACACGAAUAUUUCCAAGAUGGCGGAACUAUUGUAUAAUUUUCAUUUUAUAAACAAAGUUGUUUUACCUGGAAGUAUUGUUGGGGAGAAGAUAAAGAAUAGGCAAGAUGUCGAUAAAAAGAUAAAGCUAAAGCUUGGACCUGGACUGAAAGUAGACAAGGAUAAUAUAAUAGCUUAUAAAUGUGGUGUGUUAAGAGAAAAGGAAAACACAACGUUUUGGAUUGAUACGGACCAGAAAAGAUACAUUCCUGUGAAGAACGAGAAAGUUGUUGGAAUAAUAACUAACAGAGGUAGCGAAAGUUAUCAAGUUGAUGUAGGAAGUAGUAUGGCAGCUUCUUUGCCAUUUCUAGCAUUUGAAGGAGCAACAAAGAAAAACAGACCUCAACUAAAGAUUGGAGAUUUAGUGUAUGGUCGUUUAGCUGUUGCCAAUAAAGAUAUGGAAGCUGAAAUGGUAUGCACAGAUGGAAAUGGUAAAUCCAAUGGAAUGGGUCCUUUAGAGAAUGGGUUUCUUUUUUCACAUUCAUUGGGAUUAAGUAGAAAAUUGCUCAAUCCAGAUGGUGCUAUUCUUAAAACUCUUGGAAAAGUAUUUCCUUUUGAAUCAACAAUAGGAAUGAAUGGAAGAACGUGGGUGAACUCUAAAAGUAUUGAUCAUACGAUUCUUAUAGUGAAUGCAAUUGAACAGUCAGAGUAUAUGACACUAUCACAAAUCAAACAGAAUAUACAUAAGCUAGCAAAUGAAAUGCGUGAGUGAACACUUAUACAUCAAUAAUAAUUUGAUACAUCUUAUACGUGGGUAAUAUUUCCAUCAUACUAAAGACUUUGUAGAUCAAAACCUUCCUUAAGGCUCGAGGCAAUACACACAAAGCCAAUGGCAAUCGGUCUUCAUUGAAGACCUUCACUUCAACUGUGUCACUAGCAUUUUUUCUCUACUUAAGGCCCUGUUACACGAUGCAAUUUUUCUUACAACUUGCAAUGCAAUUCUACUUUAAAUAGAUUUAAUUAGAGAAGAGUGUUCAAAAUGUAAGUGUAAGAAACGUCCAUGGAGUGUAAAAUCACAAAAGUUCGGUAGUUGCCAAAUUUUCAUCUCUCAAAAGUGAAAUUGCAUCGCGAGUUGCAAGUAGAUUGCACUGUGUAACAGGGCCAGUUUUUGCUUGUUGAGAACUUCAAUGAAUAUGAACCUCUUGCGCUAUAUGAAUUAGGCUUAAGAAUUCGAGUCGCCCAUCAUACUACAUGUUGCUAUCUUGUAGUGAAUUAUAUCUAUGACCAUUCUUGUGCCUUAUCAGUGACAGCGUGUAUGUCCUGGUAUGUCCUCACUAACCCAAGAUGGUGGAUUAAAGGAAUACCAAAUGAUUUUCCGUGCAGGAUUGCGUGAUCCAUGCACGCGGGAUGUUGCGAGACUUUCGGAAAGCGUGAAAAUACACGAGCCGUAGGCGAGUGUAUUUUCACGCUUUCCGAAAGUCGAGCAACAUCCCAAGUGCAUGGAUCACGCAAUCCUGCACGGAAAAUCAUUUGGUAAUUGUUUUAUAAAAUAACUGUAGUGAAACAACGGUUAACUUUAUUAAAAUUAAAUUUCGCGUGCAGGAUUGUCUAAAACGCGUGCAGGAUUGUCUGAUCCUGCACGGCUAUUGACCAAUCACAUUGCGUGUUUCACUAUAGUUAUUAUAUAAACGUUAU